AAUGUUAAGAGUUGUGGUGCUGUUAUUAAUUUGAGAAAAUGGUCUGAAUCUGUGGGGGCUAAAGGGGUGCUGAAUGUUGCUUGGGUUAAUGUGAGUAAUAUUCCUCUGGAUAAGAGACAUGAGAAGAACAUUGCUUAUGUGGGAUCUCUUGUGGGAGUAACCCUGGAGAUUGAUAAAGCUACUAUUAAUAGACCUGAAUCUGUUAGAAUCAAGUUGGGCUGUAGAGAUGCUGAGGAUAUCCCUGCUUCAGCAGAAAGGGUGUUGGGGGACACUUUUAUGAUUUCUUUUAUUCUGUUGAUAAAAUCCUGAUUAAAAAUCCUCCAAAGGAAAGAAUUGGAAUACAGCAGGAGAAUGAGGAAGGUAAUGCUGCUAAAAAAGCUAGAUUCACUACUGAGACCCCUGGGGAAAAGAAUAUUGCAUCAUCAUCUAAUAUGGGGGAGUCUUCAGCUCCCCUGGGAACAACUGGUGGAUAUUAUGGAAAAAAUGUGGUGAUGAAACCUGUGGAAGAAUGUAUGGAAGAGGAAAAAAAGCAUAAUGAGAGUGAGGACAUGUUGUCUGAAGAAGAGAGUGAUGAAAUGGGAAAUGAGCUAUUUAUUGAUACUAUGGUGAAAGAGGCUGAGAAAAAUCAGAGGGAUGAUGAAGGGGGAAAUGUGGAUUCUGGAAGGGUAUUCUAUGAUGAAAUUACUGUGAAUUCUUUGCAGAUUAUGCCAAGCUCUAUAUCUUUUCCUAGCAAAAAAUUCUUAUCUUAUCUUGAUGCAUGUGUGGGGGAACCUGUGGUGACUGAGAUGGAUCCUACUGACAUUUAUGAUGAUCAAAAAAAUCAAUCCUAUCUGGUGCAAUCCCCUGAUAACUCUAGUGAGCAAGUGGAAGUGAUCCCUACUCCCCCUGUGAGGGAGGAAAUGCAAACCAGAUAUAGCAAGAGGAAUGUUGGAGGCAAUAUGGAGCAUAUGGGACUCACAGCUGAGAGACUGGCACAAAAAAGAGACCUGCAAGGUAUGCAGAAACCAGAGAUGGCAGAUAAUAUCAAGAAGGGAGCCCAACUGCUGAAGAGAAGUGCAGCUCAGAUGCUACAUCUGUGCGAACCGCCGAGGGCAGAAGCAACCGAGCGGGCUGAGGGUGAAGGAGUCUGGGAUGAAUGGUGAUGUUGUUUUGCGAUGAUGGCGAUCUGUUGUCCGUGGUGGUACUCGAGGUUCUUAUGAUCUGCUGGGCGUAAAACUUGUUUUUAGUUUGGUAUUUUUGUGCUCUUUUGGUGAGCCUGGUCUGAUGAUGAUAGGUGUGGUGGUAAUGAUACUUGUAUCUCCUGUAGUGUGGUUUUGGGUGAUAUCAGGUUUUUGUCCCGCAAAUUCAUGUUCCUGAUGACAGGCGUGAAUGGCGGGUUUCCUGAUAUUGCUCCGAACUCGCUUUUUUUCCCUUUCCCUCUCUUUUUCUGGCCCUAAGACAUUGUAUUUCCGUUAUGAAAGUAAUGGAAAGGGGAGAAAGCCCGGUUCGAAAAAAAGUAGUAGCCCCGAAAGUAAAAUCAUGUUUUGUUGGGCGACAGAAGUAACAAAAAACUGUGAGCUAGUCAAUGAAUUUGAAGCAACACAGCUGAAACAUACUCCCUCCGUCCCAAAAUAAGUGUCGUUGAUCUGGUAUAAAAUUGACACUUAUUUUAGGACGGAGUACAUAAUUGGCUAGCACAUGAACGUUUUCCAAUUCCGUUCGAAUUGGAGGGAAACGGUUAAUUUAAAAUUCAAAUUCAGUUGAGGUGUUCAGUUAAUUUGGUCUGCUUGGCUAACUAGAUUGGCACAGUAUAUUCCAAUUUGGACGGGGAUUGAAAGGAC